UUAGAGUUUGGUCCACUCUUGGCUGCACAGGGCUUCGAAGAAUCUUGGGGACUUGUUGAGUUGACACGAUCGGUUUUUGCUUUGCUGGUCUCUACGUGCUGUCUGUUAUCAUCAGGUGAAAAGAGGCGGGUGAUGGACUGUUGAAGGCACUGAUUCGCAGGGGGUAAACUAAAACGUUAAGAGCACUGUCUUGUGAAACAAAACCAUGGGGAAGCAGAACAGUAAGCUCCGUCCUGAGGUGAUGCAGGAUCUACUGGAGAGCACAGACUUCACGGAGCACGAGAUCCAAGAGUGGUACAAGGGCUUUCUUCGGGACUGUCCGAGCGGCAACCUUUCCAUGGAGGAGUUUAAGAAAAUCUAUGGCAACUUCUUUCCCUACGGAGAUGCAUCCAAGUUUGCGGAGCAUGUGUUCCGUACGUUCGAUGCAAACGGCGACGGCACAAUAGACUUUCGGGAGUUCAUAAUUGCGUUGAGCGUCACAUCACGAGGGAAGCUGGAACAGAAGCUCAAGUGGGCAUUCAGCAUGUACGAUUUGGACGGAAAUGGAUACAUCAGCAAGUCCGAGAUGCUUGAGAUCGUGCAGGCCAUAUAUAAGAUGGUGUCGUCUGUGAUGAAGAUGCCUGAGGAUGAGUCCACGCCUGAGAAGAGAACAGAGAAGAUCUUCAGACAGAUGGACACCAACCGGGAUGGCAAACUGUCUCUGGAGGAGUUCAUCAAAGGUGCAAAGAGUGACCCAUCCAUCGUCCGUCUGCUACAGUGCGACCCCAGCAGCGCAGGACAGUUCUGAGAUCUGCGUCUUAUGCGUCAACCUUUUAUUUAUUUAUGGGUUUUAAUUUCCUUUUGAUAUAGUCACUCCUUCCACUCGCAGGGAAUGAUGGAGGGUCAGUUUUUUCAGAGUAGGGCAUCUGGGUCCCAUCAGCCUGAGCUUGGCCAGAUAUAGACACAAACACACGAACACGCGCAGUUAUUGGCUGUGUUAUCCCUAUAGGGAGAUGCACCAGGUCACCAGGAGGCCUGUGAUGGAGAGAAUUAUGGUAUAAAUUAUGUUAUCUGUUAGCUCAGAUCACUUCCUGAUUAGAAAACAGGCUUCAUGUUGUUUCGUACAUAGUAAUGUUUCAUUUUAUAUAGGUUGUUAGAUGGGACAGUUCAGGUGUCAAGAAAUGAACUAAAUCUUACUGUAGUGGUAAAAUAGAGAAAAGAGGUUUUAUUCUUUUUUCAUCCUGUGAGAGAGGAAAAUCCUGUCAGCGUCUGACAGUUGUUGAAACUGCUAACAGCUUUUGUGUGUUAACACCUCGGCCUUAGAAAUUUGUAUAUUUGGGUAGUCAAUACAUUCACUGCAGACUCAUUCCAACUUGAUUUAAAUUGUUUAAAUAUUUUUUGAUGUCCUGGUCCUGGUCAGCUUUAUUAUUGAGAGAUUGCAGUAUUAUUAGCCCACGGGACCACUAAAUCAGAUGGUUCCCCACGUGCAGUCCGAAGAGCCUUAUUAACAAGUGCUAGAAACGCACAUCCAAUUUUGUGUCGAGUAGCUUUAGUCUGAUAAAGUGUCCUGUUCGAAAGACAUUCGAAAAACGACUUCUUUCUUUUUAAGUUUUCUAACGUUUGUAUUUUCGAGGAACAUUUAGGCUUGUAUAUAAAUCCGAAACGGGAAGACACGCAUGCACAACUGCGAUAAGUUUUAUUCAGCGAUCAGUUUUAUUGAUGUUUUUAGUAGAAGCAUGUAACCAAUUUGAACUGCUUUUGUGGACAGGAGAGUAUUCGUGUAAGUAGUAUGCAUGUAGUGUGUGUUAGUGCGUGGUUACGAUCAGUUACAGCCCGUUCGCUCACCCUGGUUAUAGAUGUUGUGAUGCAUUAUUGCAGAAAGUGGGCUCAUAACUACUAGUUGUUAGUGAAGCCCUUAAGCAUAACUGAUUCAAAGCUAGUAUGAGACUUAGUUAUUUUCACCUUUACAAACAAGCAUCAAGUUACUGAAUUGCCCAACACUGAAGUGGUUCUGUUGAUGAGUGAUUUAAUCUUUAGUUUUUCUUUCAGUCAAGCUUGACCACCUGUUUGAGUUUAGCUCUAUGCUCUUCCCAUUCACAUCAGUCAUUGAAAACAAGGCAUCUUGUUAACCUGCCAUAUGUAGGUUUCAUCUAGAGACUAAUAGAAGAGUUUUAUUGGGAAUAGGACCCGUUUGUCUUCGAAUAGCCCCACACGUGCUGUUGUUUUUAAACUACUGGCGUUGAAAUAUCACAGUGUAUCACUUCUGUACUGCUUUUAUGAAGCAUGCUGAAGUCACAGAUCUCCUUAAACCAACCACAGAUGUUCAAUGUUCUUGAAUGUCUCUGUAAACAUUAAUGCCUCACCACAGUGCAUUCAAUUCUGCUACACUGUAAUUCAACAUAUUUGAAUGUUUUUUAGUUGUUGUUUUUUAUUCAUUGACUGCUGGUUUUGUAAAAAUUGAAGAAAAAAUAUGGCAGAUCCAAACUGCAUUUUGAAUGUUUUAUGCGUAUUUUAUGUCUUUGUUUUAUUUUAGUUUAAACAUCUGACAUAUUUCUGUAUCGCAAUUAUAUCAUGUGGUCAGGUGCCAAAAAUAUGAAAGCAGUAUUGUAUAAAUUUAUACUAUACGAUUGUUAUUUGUCAAACAAAUUGUUGCAUUUUGUAGAUUUUGUAUGGUAAUCUGUAUUUUGUGACUGUAGAUUUGAGGCAUAGAAUUUUGUUUUGUUUAUAUUACGCAGAAAUUAAAUCUGGAGAGAACAGACAACUUGUGUUACUUUGGACCAU